UAUAUACCAAUGGAAGGACCUACUAAAUGCCAUCUUAAUCAUGUUUAAGAUGAGUAAACACAAACUCUGGGAUGGCGAUGAUAACAUUGAAUACGGCUUAGUUCACAUCGCUGCUUUUCUUGCGCAAGCCAUGGAAGAGGGGAUUAAAGCAAAUACUUGUGAGGAACUCAAUGCUGGGCAUCCACAUGAAGUUCAAAAGAAUAAAACUGUAUAUUCGGCCUCAGCUGCUUGUGGUCAGGGUAACGAAUUAUAUGAAAAUAGGGGAUGUUCCGAAGAAGACGAAGAGGCAUACAUGGCGUGCAAUGUCAAUCCUGAUAUGAUACUAAGAGCAAAGGUUUUAUCUAACUGGGAUGAUGCACCUCCCGGAUUUUUCUGUGCGCCCCGCAAAUAUUUGCCACUUGCGCCGAGAUGGGUUGUACAUGGACUUACAUGCAAUUCAUCUUCGACUUCGAUUGAUAAUAUAACUGAGUAUAUCUCAUACGUGAAAAAGGAGGGACGAUGUAGAGACUACAAGCAAAUUAAUUCAGCAGGCUGGUCGUACGCCGAUUGUAAUGAAAGGCGCUGCCCUGGUCCCACAGGAAGGGUCCACGUUCAAGGAUGUUGCUGGUGGGGAAGAGGCGUUUUACUAACAAGCGGAGUUUGCACACUGGGAAAAUUAAAUACUUAUUUAAGAGAAAUUCCUGAGUUGACCCCGCCAGAAAAUUUAUGUUUAAACCCCAGUGCGGUUUGCGAUAACCGUUAUCCGUAUUUGAAGUGGAUUUUGGGUCUCUUCGACUACGUUUCUAACGUUCAAGAUUACGCAGGAGGUGACUGGGAAUACAAAACUGCGCUUAAAAAUUGGGUUAAUAAUGGAAAAAGUAGAAAUGACCCCAAGUUCAUCGAUAUUGCUUCAAAAGUUUUCAAAAGCGGAUCCCCCGCGGGAAUUGCUAAUGAGGCCAGUCAACGUGUAAAUAACUUUUUCGAAGUGCUCAAAAUAUUUGGCCAAUAUAAAGAGGGGGAAUAA